CAGUGAGGCAUGCUCAUUGCAGCUAUUGUGAUAUUGUCAUAAACAGAAUGUAAACAUCUAUACAUUGUUUACAUUCUACAAAACUUCCAACACUUGCGAUUAGAAGUGUUGUAACAGCAGUGUUUGCAUGACUCGGAGGGAUAUUUUAGUCCCAGCUGUAGGCAGCGCUGGAGGAGUUUAGGAAUGUGUGACCACAAGACCUUUUGGCCCCAGCCUGCUUGUCUUCCUUCCCUGUCUGGGUCCGAAGAUACGGACCCUGGCGUCCCCAAGCCUCUGCUUCAGGUCCACUGUGUGACAAACCACAGCCGACAGCCACCCACUCACAAAGGGGAAAAUGACAACCUUCGGUAGAGCAGCUGCUCUCUUGGAAUGGCUGUAAAAAUGGACAGAUUUCAUUUUUACCCCACUUCAGAAGGAGCAGGGAUUGUUUCCGGCCCAAGUGUGGGCGAGUGGGCAGCUGAGGACGUGUCAAGCUCAUGUCAAUCAGCCAGUAGAGACAAUGAGCGCAUCGGACCCACACCGCCAUCUGCUGGAGAAACUGCGUCAAGACGCUGCAACGAUCCAUACCCUGACCCCUGUCCAGAGUUCAUGAUGGACCCCACCUAUCGCCUAAUGACCGUAAAAACCCCCAGGGACCCUGCAUCCACAGGUAGAGGCGGAUUCUUCAGUAUUAUUAAAAUUGAUGUCUAAUAUGUCCAAAUUUGGUAGAAAAUGCACAGGCUUAUAAUAAAAUAUCCUUAAUUUUGUUAGAUGACUGUAUUUAAACUGUUUAAAGACACGUGACUAUAUUUUAAGUAAAUUAUGUUAUUUUUUUAACUUUGGCUCCCCACACACUUCCACAUGUGAGCUUGUGCAAACUUAUGUUUGGCAGCAUGGUACUGGAAGUGUGGGAUGAGUCAUUUCUAGGCUUUAUUGGCCAGUGUUUCAACACAUCCUCAUUUUAAUUUAUUCUAAGUAGUAGGAAACAGCAAAAAGAAGAUACUGUUGUAUAUAUUGUUUUUAUUGAGAUCUAAAAAUAUGAUUUUAGUGUUAAGUUAAUUUAAAUAGAUGGAUUUAUUUUAUGAUUUUAGCUGAGGAAAAACAUCAGUGUGUAGAUUUAAUAAGAUAUCUAGAUGGUAAGAAAGCAUUAGUGACAAAAUGUUUAUAACACUGUGCAGUCUUUCAUGUUAGAAAAGCUGGCAGUCCAUCUGUAUUAAACAACACAUUUUGAAUAAAAAAUGGAUAAGAGAACAUUAACAAUUGCCUGAAAACACUAUAUUGUCUUCUGACUAAAGCCAUAUUACUUAUUAGAAGUCAUAUUAUGACAAGAAGUACCAUGAAGUACAUUAAAAAUAUGUCCUAACCUGAUACAAUAAAUAAUGUUUUAAUACCAAAAUACAAUAAAAAUGUGUUACUCAUUUAUAAUUUUACGUGGAAUCAGCUAAGAAAAUAUAAAUAUAGCUGUAUGACGGUGUGUGUUGGUCCAAUAUUCAGCGGUUAUGCAAAGCUAUAGGCACAAAUUUACCUUUCCAAUAUGGCGGCGUCCCUUACGUUCAAAACGACUGUUGACGCCAGCACGUACGUCAAACAAAGCAAAGAAGCAUAUUCGUCACUUAAUUUGCUAAUAAAAAUAUAGCUUUAUUUCUUUAUUAAUAUUAUUUUGUGUAUUUAUACAGUUUUGUUUAUUUAGAAGAAAAACAAACCGAAAAAAAUAAAAAUCGUUGAAGGUAGAAACGAAUCAGCGCGGGUGUUUCGUCAUAUUGGUCAACAAAACGUCACUUCCGGUGUGAUCCGGCGGGCUGGAUGAAAGCAGGAAAGGCGAGCUACGACAUUACUUAACUAAAGCUGAAAUUGUUUUUAAUUAGAAAGUAAGAGUAAAGUUUUAAGUAGCCUGAGGUUAGCUUCUUCGGACACAUUUAGCAUUAGCGUACUGUCACUGCAGCUGUUCGUGUUUAUAAACCAGCCGUUAAUGUUUCAAGAAUAAAAACAAAAUUUAGCUUCAUAUUUACUCUGGACAUGGACCGACCAUCCCGGAAGACGAAAGUUGUGAACUACUAUGAAAACAAAGAUUUGGAUGAUGAUGAGGAUUUUGCCUGUUCGAAAGCACCGCCCAGCAAAAAGGCCAGAGAGGAAACGAAACACGAACAGAAGAAACCUUCAGUCAGGUCCUCCAGCCCAGAGUCAAACCCAACAACAGCUCAGAGCGAGAAGAGCAGAAAACCGCUGGAUGAAAAGUUGUAUGAAAGAGAUCUUGAAGCAGCCAUCACGCUUUCUUUACUCAAUAACUCAGACGGACUAAACGAUUCUCCCACCACAAAUGUUAAAGUUCAAAGCCCUGUCGAUGAAAACACAGAUCCAGCUUCUUUGCUUCUGUCCAACUGCAGCGUGGACGGAGCAGUUUUAGGCCUUGAUGAAAUCACAUCAGAGAAAGCAUCACCAGCUGCCAGACAAAGGAAGACCUCGACUAAAGCAGCUGAGGUGCAGAGAAAGAAGGACGAAGAUGAAGAUGAAGACUACAAACCCAAACUGACUCCAGAUUCAGAGAGCGAUGAAGAUUUCAGUGAGCCUGAGGAGAGCGAGGAUGAGGAGUUUACAGUGAAGAAAUCCAGCAAGGCUAAAAGGAAGGAAAAAGUGUCCAAGAAAGACAAACCCAAGCCAAGUCCCGCUCCCAGAAAAGAAAAGAAACAAUCAAAACAAUCUAAACCACAGGCUGCAGUUUCCAGAAGUCCCCCAGCAGCCAAACUGGUUCCCAGUAAGCCAGCUUCAUUCAGUGUGAAGCCUGUGAGCUCUGUGAGUCCAGCAGGGGGCAGAAUACCCAAGUGGAACCCGCCAGCUCAGGUCGGUAAAAGUCCGACCUCAUCCCUGACGCCGGCUGUGAAGUCUCCCAGUGCCGGGCUGAGACUGGGACUGUCCCGCAUGGUCCGGGUCAAACCGCUCCACCCGAGCGUCACCAGUCACUAACAGAUAAUCUGUCAAUGUUUUUAAUCCCGUUUGACCUCCGUCUCAAUUGUGAUUCUUUUCAGUUUGAAUUAGUUCAGAAUGAAUCUUUUCUUUCGUUACAUUUCCUUAUAUUCUCUUUUUUUUGUCAUUUUGAAAACAUUUUACUCAUCUUUAUAGUUCUUGUAUAUUCUGUACAUAAACAAAAAAAAAUAAAGUUUAAAAGCAUUUAUCUUUUCACACUGGAUCAUUUUCAGAGAUGCACAUCAUUAAAUACUUAAAAAAAAUUUUUUUAUCUGUUUCAAGUGAGGAAGAG